AUGGCGUCGGUGCGUAAAAGAGGACAGACUGUGCAUAGUGAAGCAAGAGAAGUGAUAAGGAGAGUGAUAAGUAAGUGUGACGAAGAAGCGAGAACUGGUAAUUUGCAGCACCUAAUGAAACAGAGCAAUUUGCGAGUCAAGAAUUACACUGGUGUUUCGGUGAGGACAAUUUCUAGCAUUAGAAAGGAAGGAGAUGCAGCUGGAGAGACACCUUUAACUACGCCUGGUAAGAAAAGGCCGUACUCGGAGGAGAAGAAAUUUCAUAUGGAUGAUUUUGAUAGAAGUGUCGUUCGAGAUGUGGUGAGUGACUUUUAUUUAGUGAGGAAGAAAGUGCCCACUGUUCCUAAACUGUUAAUUGCUUUAAAAGAAAAACUUUACUUCCCUUGGAAAGAAGAAACCCUACGAAGACUCCUGCACCAAAUGGGAUUUAAGUGGAAACGGUGUAACAAACUAAGAAAAAUUCUUAUCGAGCGGCCAGACCUAGUUAAUUGGCGUGCUCGUUAUUUGAGAGAUAUCCAACGGUUUCGACAUGAAAAAAGACCAAUAUUUUACAUUGAUGAGACAUGGGUGGACAACAAUUUGACAUUCGGGAAGUGCUGGAGUAGUGAGGAAGUGCCUGGUGUGUUGACGAACACAAGUUCAUCCAACAGACUGAUUGUUGUAAACGCGGGUUCUACAUAUGGAUUUCUUAAAGGAGCUGCUUUAAUUUUUAGGGCGGGUAAAGCGUCGGGGGAUUACCACGGACAAAUGAAUGCUAAUAAUUUUGAGAAAUGGGCUGAAGAAAAACUCAUGCCUAACCUUCCAGAAAAAAUUGUUAUUGUAAUGGACAAUGCACCCUAUCAUUGCCAUCAAGAAAAUAAGGCGCCAACAAAGUACGCUGUGAAAAAGGAAAUGAUAGACUGGCUGCAGAGUAACAACAUACAAUGCUCAGCAGAUAUGAAAAAGUUUCAGUUGUACGAGCUGAUAGAAAAGCACAAACCUAAAGAAAAUGUGUAUCGCAUCGACGUGGCGUUGAAGAGGCGAGGCCAUGCGGUUCUCAGAUUACCACCCUACAUGUGUGAAUUAAACCCAAUUGAGCUGGCCUGGGCUAAAAUCAAGAGAGUGGUGAAAGGAAACAACAUAAGAGGAAACCUGUCACUAACGAAACUGGAAGAGGCAACACGAGAAGCGCAAAGUUCUGUUAGCAAGAUCCACUGGGAAGGCUUCACAAACCACACCUUGAAGCUAGAACAACACUACUGGGAACAGGACGGCUUGAUGGAAGAUGCCAUCGACAAAUUCGUGAUUGAGUUGGGCGGAAUGGACAGCAGUGACAGUGAAGUGUCAGAUGACAGUGAGGAAGAAAUAUCUGACAUUGAACUGGCUCAACCUCUUCCAAGUACAAGUGAUGAUUAA